UCCGAAUGCACAUCACUCCAUCCGCGGUUCCGGAAGGGUCCCUGCGAGCCCUGAUGCCAAACUGCGGCGAUCAAGAGGAACGAAAUAAAUUCAGAACCCUCUUACGGCGAGUUUCCCCUUCGAGUUGUGUCUUUGUAAUCUGUUCUGUGUUCGUUGAUACCCGAUUCUUGUCCAUCUGUGCGCUGAAUCAGCGAAGCGUUCUAGCCCAGAGUCGACCAGAACCAAAACGCGACUUGGUCGUCCGUCCCGCGCUCGCCGGCAGCAAAAGCAACAAAAACCCCGGGUCUCCAGUCGAUAGAGGCCUCCCUUAUCAGACCGGCUUGUCCCAUCGCUCCUUUCUCCCUCCCCAACCUGAUCGAGUAGUUGUCCACGAGACUCUACCUUCCUGAUCCCUUGCUCCGGCCUCUCCUGAGCCUAAUUCAACCCCCAGAACGCACAAAUCGUCUAUCACAGAGCCGACUUAUCAUGGGACAAAAGGACGGAGGCGUGAAAGCAAACGGCCACAUUGGUGGUGCCAACGGGCACGCAAAAGCAAAUGGCACCGCUCCAUUGGUACGGAAAGCGGAAGAGGACAUAUACGAGGAAGAGAACAUCUUCCUGUUCAUCCCCAAUAUCAUCGGAUAUGCCCGAAUCAUCCUCGCCGUCGCCUCCUUAUACUACAUGCCCUUGCACCCUCGCACGUGCUCCGGCCUAUACAGUUUCUCCUGCAUCCUCGAUGCCGCCGACGGUCUUGCUGCGCGCCGAUAUAACCAGUCUACCACCUUUGGCGCAGUGCUGGACAUGGUGACUGACCGAUGCACCACCUCUUGCCUGCUCGUUUUCCUCGCCUCUGCGUUUCCCCGGUGGUCGAUAUUGUUUCAGGGGCUGAUCAGUCUCGAUUUGGCCAGCCACUACGUCCACAUGUAUGCGACGUUGACAAUGGGUGGACAGAGUCACAAGAAAGUCGACUCGAGUCGGAGCUGGAUUCUGCAUCUCUAUUACACGAAUAAGGUCGUGUUAUUCAUGUUCUGCGCCUUGAACGAACUCUUCUUCAUUGCGCUUUACCUCCUGUCCUUCUCCUCGCCUCUGCUCUCGCCAUCGCUUCUCGUCACCAGCGAGAACGGCAUCUCGUCUACCCAGCCCGGAUCACCCGCACACCCCAAACCGAGUGCCAUCUUUGUCAAUCCUUGGAGCGCCGGCGCAAUGGAAAUGGCCCGCGCGAACAAGAUGGAUAGCACCAUUCCGUGGAUCUUGGCUGGAAUCAGUUUCCCCAUCAUGUUUGGCAAGCAGGUUAUCAACGUCAUUCAGCUGGUUAAAGCCUGUAGAUGGCUGGGCGAAGGGGAUGUGGCAGCCAGGAGGAAGGCGGGGAUCACAAAGAUGAAGAAGAAGAAGGUGUAAGAGGCGGUCCGAGACAUCCUGCAGAGCAGAAGUUUGCUGUGAGCGGCAUUCGAGCGCCUGCGAAGGCCAAAUCUGCCGAGAUGAUUGCAAAUGGAUAUGGGAAAUCGAAGAAGGCGGCCGCGGCGACUAAUAGGUCAAGAUUACACAGCUCAGGUGAGCCAAACAUUAACGAUGACUGAUCGGCCCGGCUUGCGCAGGUGAAGUUCCGCUCUCAAAGCACGAGAGUCGCAGCUGUCACUCCGCUCGAGCGCAGCAAAGUUAAUCUGGAGUGUCAGGAGCUCGAACGCUCCCGGGAGAGAGCGGCGGAAAAGCAGGGGGUGGAAUUUCAAGUCAAGCGACAUCAGUCAUUUCAGCGAGACGGGAGUUAUCACGGGCGACCCAGGUGGCCUUGGUUAGCAGCAACGGAGCACCAUUCGAACUCCAGGGACUGUGACAGGAUAGGGAGAGGGCGCAAGGGGAUGGGGUACGACAUAUUCACCGCCAUCUUCGUGGGUUUGUUCUGGGUUUCGAUCUGGUGGAUGGAACGGCGGAGUAGGAAACUGAGUCUCGGGUCGAAAUGCACAUGUCGGAGAUUCUGUAUUUGUUACAUAGAUGUUACUCUGUAUCUAAUUGACGGAAAGGUCGAACAUAAUGAUAAAUCGGAUAUAUGGCCGAAUGGGCUGGACAGCUGCGCCUGUUUCUGCUGCUGAGGAGCAC